AUGUUGACCCUUGAUGGCUCUACUCUCGAGGGCGGUGGGCAACUCGUCCGCGUUGCGUUGUCGCUCUCGUCAAUCUGCAAAAUCCCAGUCCGCAUUACAAGAAUACGUGCCAAUCGGACCUCUUUUUCAUCAAGGCGAAGCACACCAGGAUCCUCAGGUGGCAAGCAUGGGAACCAAAAAGGAAAGGGUAACGGUGGUGCUGUCAUGCGCAAUGUAAAGGCAGGAGGUGGACUGAAGGAAAGUCACCUCGCUGGUUUGAAUUGGCUGGCGGAGAAUUGUCUCGCAGACGUCGAAGGAGCUAGCGUGGGAGAGACGGAUGUUACCUUCAAGCCAAAGAGGGGUGGAAGAAGUCGUCCUCUGCGCUCAUCGAACGAAAGGACAGAGGAGAUCGUAUUGAAGAACCCGGGAAGUGUGUGGUUGAUCUGGCAAGCUAUCUUUCCUUAUAUCGUGUUCAAUCUGGAGGGAAGUGAUCACCACGGAAACGCCGUUUCGACGGAAAAGGUUACACACGACGUUAGGGCCGCUGCUCCAGGGGUUCGCAUUCUCCUGAAAGGAGGAACCAAUGUCCCGAAAUCACCAUCAACUGAGUAUGUACAACAAGUCUUUUUGCCUCUGUGCGAGAAAAUCAGUCUCCCCAAAGUCGAUAUCAAUGUCAUCAAGAGGGGAUGGGCCGGAAGCGCAUCAACCGUAGGAGAGGUUGAAAUUACAGUCUAUCCCUGGUUAGGAGGCGAAACUCCGGACAAAGGGAGAGAGUCUAGCCUCUUCUCACUGAGUCCAUUUGCACUCACCGAUCGUGGCACUAUCACAAGAAUCGAGAUGACGAUUAUUGCUGGAAGCCAGGAAACGUAUUCAAUGCUGGAGGCUCAGCUGCCUCUCGCUUUGCAGAGACGGGCCUUGGAUGGAGUAUUGCCCGCCGAGCUCCCGAUAACCACCCACCCAUCCUCUACACCCUCAUCUGGUGAUGAACGGCGGCUCUACGUACUCCUGGUGGCACACACAAGCAACGGAUACAGAAUAGGUCGAGACUGCCUCGGAAGUGGCAGAAAGAUCACGAGCGAGAGUGACAGAAGACAGAUUGUCGCGGAGGUAGUGGGGAAUGUAGCCCGAGAAAUCAUUGCAGAAUUCCAGAAGGGAGGCUGUGUGGACGAGUACGCCGAAGACCAGAUUGUCGUGUUCCAGGCUCUGGCGGAAGGGAGAAGCAUCAUUGAUACUGGGCGAAAACACGGAAUGGGAAAGCGAAAGGGGGGAGGCGUUGAUGGUGGUGGAGAGGGGAGUCUGCAUACCCGGACAGUUCGAUGGGUCUGCGAACAGGUGCUUGGGACUGUGUUUGAUAGUGAAGGGGGUUGCCUCGGCCGAACAGUUGAUUUUCGCGAGUCGCAAGUGCAUUGA